AUGAUCUUUGUUGCUCUAAUUUCAUGGGGUCGCAUGCAAGAUAAGCAGGAUGAAAUAAAGACAGCAGUGACAGUGCUGGAUGACAACAAAGAUGAGCAUAAUUAUGUCUACCUGAUCUGUGUGGUCACUGGGUGGUCCGCAUCAUCUGCUACCUCCUCAAAUGUGUUUAUUAAUCUCAAGGGAUCUUGGUUCCAGAGUGAAAACCAUGUGUUACAAGACCCUAAUCGUUACCUAUUUCGGUCUGGUGCAGAGAACUGGUUUAUGUUAACAACAGAGGACGACAUUGGGGAUCUGAUGGCAGUUGUUGUUUGGACUGAUUUCUCCGGAGCUUACCCCUCCUGGUAUGUGGUAACACAAUCAUUAGCAUAG